GUUACUCAGAGUCUGAAACAGCAUGAAGUGCAAUUCAAUUAAAUUACAAAAAGCUUUAGAAGAGACGUUACAGGACAACUUUUACAAUUUCUUCUCUCUGGUCUUGUCACGGUGAUAGUAUCAGAGAGAGAAAGCUUUAAACCCUAAUUUCAUCGGUGAAGAAGAUGUGGGACAGAGGGGAGCUAGUUUGGGUAAGCUUAAGCCUUUCAGAUACAUGGAUUCCGGGUCGGAUUCUUAAUCCAUCCGUACCGGUUGGAGUUCUAGUCUCCUUCUUCGGCCUAAUUGAGCCGCGCUACGUUCCAAAGCCAUGUAUUCGAAGCUUCGAUCGUAAUUUCGAAGCCCUGGUUUCAGAUUCAUGGAGGUUUCGUCGGUUUGUGAAUCGAGCUUUACGAGCUCACUUUUGGAAUAUCUCGUUUGGGUUAUGGUGUCCGUGUCAGCCGCUUAUUGAAUCGCCGUACUUCGAUAGUGGAAACUCUCUACCGUGGUUUCCAAACUCAUCUGAUUCUUCAGCUUUGUGUUUCGUUCGAGAUAUGGCCGUUUCGAUACAAGUGCCUCUACGGAGAUUAGCUAAGACUAAUUGUUCGAGCGCUCGGAUCCUUAGUUUUCGGCGAUAUGCUGUUGAUUUUAAGCGUUCUGAAUCCGUCUAUGAGGAAAUCAAAGCAAGUGCAAAACUAAUGGAUCGCUCUGAAGAAUCAGAUUGGUACCUUGAUCCCUCAAACACGAUGUACUGCGUGGACCUGGAUUAUAUGUUUCCUGAGACAUUGGAUGCAGACGUUGAAAGCAGUAGAGAUUUGAGUCCAUUGCCCAAGGAUAUCCAUUGUUAUUCUUCUGACCAGUCUGUUCAUAACUCUUAUUCUAGCACAUGGAAUACGAGGAACCCUCGAAUUAGCUCUUAUUCUAGCACAUGGAAUACGAGGAACCCUAACUCUUAUUCUAGUACCAUGCGAGCUUGUGAAACUAUGGCUAGGACAGUUGUUCAUGAAGAUGAUGGUCACCAGUCCAGGAGUCGAGGAUGUCAAGUUGAGCACAGUGUCUGCUUACUGAAUUCAGAACCUGCUGUGGAAGAUAUGAUAGAGGAAGACACCACUAACAUUCUUGGAUCAAGAGUUGCUGUAUCAGAAGAACCUUCUGAUGUUAUGAUUGAAAGUCAUGAUGACAUCAUUGGUUUGGUUGAUACAACUGUGACAUCGGUUAAACAAACAACUAGGACAGCUGUUCAUCAUGAAGACGAUGGUCAGCAGUCCACGAGUAGAGGGUGUCAAGUUGAGCACAGUGUCUGCUUACUGAAUUCAGAACCUGCUGUUGAAGAUAUGAUAGAGGAAGACACCACUAAUACUGCUCAACCAAGAGUUGCUGUAUCAGAAACACCUUCUGAUGUUAUAAUUGAAACACAUGACGACAUCAUCGGUUCGGUUGAUAGAACUGGGACAUCCGCAAAACAGUCAUCACCCUUGCUUGAUGCCAGUAACGACAAGGCAUAUUUGGCAAAGCCUGUUGCUUUUGUUGUUCCGGGAGCCUGUCAUUCUCUAGCUUGUUCAAUGAGAAAAACAUAUGCUAACCCAAGAGACAAGCUUGAUAGAUCUAUACUCAGUGCCAAGUCCAUGAACGACCAGUCGUUAGAUAGGAAGAGUUUGAAUGGAACACAUGGAAACCGGUCUGACGAUGCAUUGGAAUCGCAUAUUGUAGAGGUAGGACAGAGUUCGCUACAUAUUUCAGGCACUUCAAACAAAGAAUUCAGUUCUGAUGAUGCAGGCAUUGCACCUGCAGAACAAUUACAAGAUUUGGAUGUUGCAACAAUUGUUGAAAGCCAGAUGAGAUCAGUUGAUAAUGUCAGAUCCAUUGGUGUCAAAAGGAAAGCAAGUCGAAACAAAGCAUCUGCACGUAACUCCAAGAGAAAGAAGAGAGCAGCCCAACAAUCUAUCUCUACUGAUAAACCACUGAAUCUACACCUGAUGAAAGAUAUGCGGCUGGCUAAUCCAAAAUGUUUGAAAAUGAAGUUAUUGAGUAGACAUGGGGAUAUCCCAUCCAAAUCAGAAGUGUUGAAGAGGUUCAGUGUGUUUGGGAAAAUAGAUGCUUCAAGAACUGAUGUAAGCCCAGAGAAAAGCUCUGCGAAAGUAGUAUUCAUGCAGAGUAUAGAUGCAGUGACGGCUUAUCAAUUUGCUAGGACCAAAAAGUUUAGACUAGGACGGUGUAAAGUUACGUACCGCCUCGACCCUUUUGACGAAGACAAUGAAGUAAACGAAGUUCCUUUGUCUCAGGAGCCUCAAAAGUCCGUUCCAUCACCAAAAUCAUGUCUCAAGGAACAUGGUUCGGAAGAUAAAGAAGAGGGAAAAAGGAAUCUGAAGGUGAAAUUUCAAAUGUAGGCUAACUGAUGAAUCAGAUCUCAUCGUAAUCUCAGUUGUUUUGUGCAUACCUUAUGUCUCUCUCACGUUGUAAGUAGCUAAGGUCUACUCCUAACGAAAAACUAGCACUUUUUUUUUUGGCCCUGAAGCUUAUGUAUAAGUAUAAGCAUGGCUUGUUUUGUUUUAGAGAUAACAUAGUUUGUACUCGACUAUAUAAAAUAGCUUUGACGAUAAACGUGACUACAAACUACGUUUCCAUU